GGGGCUGCCCCGCAGGCCGCACGCCUGCCUCGGAAAGGGCUAUGGUCGUUCUGCGCCGCGCGUCAGGUGCUCGCUAAAGGCGCAGCCCGUCCGGCCAUGGCUCUGCGGGAGCUGAAAGUUUGCCUUCUGGGGGACACUGGUGUGGGCAAAUCAAGCAUCGUGUGGAGAUUUGUAGAAGAUAGCUUUGAUCCCAACAUCAACCCAACAAUAGGGGCCUCAUUUAUGACCAAGACUGUACAGUAUCAAAAUGAGCUGCAUAAAUUCCUGAUUUGGGAUACAGCUGGACAGGAGCGGUUUCGUGCUUUAGCCCCGAUGUAUUACAGAGGGUCAGCAGCAGCCAUCAUAGUGUAUGACAUCACAAAAGAGGAAACUUUCUCAACGUUAAAGAACUGGGUUAAAGAGCUUCGACAGCACGGACCUCCAAACAUUGUUGUAGCUAUUGCAGGAAAUAAGUGUGAUCUUAAUGAUGUAAGAGAAGUCAUGGAAAAAGAUGCUAAAGACUAUGCAGAUUCCAUUCAUGCAAUAUUUGUAGAGACAAGUGCGAAAAAUGCAAUAAACAUUAAUGAACUCUUUAUAGAAAUUAGUCGCAGAAUCCCAUCAACUGACACUAACCCCCCAUCUAGUGGUAAGGGCUUCAAGCUUCGAAGACAGCCAUCGGUGACAAAACGCAGCUGCUGUUGACUGCUCCCUUAGAAAAUCAGACUUGUUUAUGCAGUAGGUGGUCUCGGCAGUUAAUAGUUCACGUUGGGUUUAUACUAUCAGUCCUAGAUCUGUGUCUGCUGGUGUUCAUACACCCAAGGUCCCACAAAAUGGGCCGGUUCAUCUGACAUCUGUACACUCAGAGAAAAGACUGCAAUCAGAAUGUCAGCUGUUUACUUACAAAAGGUGUAGUAUCUCUUGCAUUCAAAGGGAAUCCAUCAUGGCUUUUUUGGCCUUGCUUGAAAGGAAAGUGGCUAUAUGGAUGGUAGAACUGAAAUGUUUAGUAGUUUUGUAAUCAAGAUUUUAGAGGGGUUUUUUUUGUAAAAAGGGAAAUGAGCACUUUUACGGGACUUUAGGGGUGGGAGGAGUCUGGAAGUUAGAUGUCAUUUCUUCCUUUUCUUCAGUGAGCCUUAUUUUAAAUUUUGUUGUAGCUAAUCCCAAGUAUGAUGGGACAGUUGAUGUGAGGUGGCUACAGAAUAAGCAACUGAAGACAAAUAAUAGGCAAAUCUGUCCAUCCAGUCCCCAAAUCCCAUUUGCACUUUUUAUUUAAAGAUAAUAGGCACCGGGGGUGGGGACACAAGCAACAGGUAUUAAAUCACAGACAAUCUUUUUUUUCAUGCUGACUUUAAUCACCGUAAGGCAAACUGAUAUGCUUAUAGGCUUCUUUUGGUUCCUACAAGUUUUUUAAUAUGAAGAAAACCUAGUUGUAGUUCUGACUAAAUUAAGUGGUUACUGACUAAAAACAAAUGCUGUAAACAGAUGCUGCCAGUUGUUCUGAUAAGACCUAAAAGUUUUUAAGGAAAGCUUUUAAUUGCUUGGCAUGUGUAAAGUGUUCAUAUUAUAUUUAUGAGAUCAGUGUUUAAAGUAUUAUAAAUGAUGUAAAAACAGUAAAAAAAUAAUGCAAUCUUAUACACUCCUUCCAUUCCACACCUAUGGAUAAACUCUUGGGGAAUCUCCCCAAGAUGUUCUUUCAAUCACAUUUGGAAGGGCCAAUAGAGAAUGCUGUUGGUGUAGCAUGAGGUCUGUCUGUUGAACAAGUUUUCAUCUGUGGUGCACCCAGUCUUUCCCAUUUUGGGCACAAAAAUACAAAUAGGAAGUAACUUUAAGACGUGGUAAUGUAGAUCAUUACCUCUUGGUUUCUGGGCUUUUUCAUCUGUGAGGGUUUUUAGGAAAUCAGUGUUUAGCUUAUUCUGUAUUCAUUCUAGUACGCUUUCAAUUAAACUAUAGGUUGACCAUACCCAUUUGUGCUAUUUUAUUUAUUUUUACUUUUUGUUUCCUACCAGCACUAGGGAGAAACUUUACAUUUUUGAAGAAAAAAUGCGUAAUAGACUUGAGUAUAUACUAAAAUAUGCUGUUUAGCUUUAGUAUCAAAAUGAGGUCAUGUUGAUGAUUCCUAUUUUUUGUUUGUAAUCUGGUUUUCUAUCAUCUGAAGUAUUUUCUUUGAAGGAAAUACAGAAAAGUUUGUAAGAAAUGAAAGGACUUGUACUUCAGAUUAGUUUGAACUAGUUAAAAUUCUUAUAGAACUGUUCUGGAGCACAACAGGUGGACUAUUACAGUGAGAUUUUUCUGAAUGGGUCAGUAUGUUUUAAUGAAAUCCAGUGGCUACAUUUUUAUCCCGCCUUUUACCCACCCUGCAUUCUCAAUUAUGCUUUCUCUGCUACAGCUGUAGAGGCUCCAUGCUUAUAGAAAGCCCAAGAAGUAAAUCUUCAUCCAAUGAAGGCUGUUUGAAGCUCCUUUGAAACAUUGGUCCUCAUGGUGUCUCAUGGUAGAGACAGAUGCAUGUUUGGUGUUAGCCUGAUGUAGGAUAUCUUGUUUUCUGUCACUCAAAAGCAAAUAAAUCACGAACAGAAAACUUUAGUACCACAAAAUGCUUGAUGGAAAAUAUAAGUAAUAAAAAAAGUGCAGAGUAAGCUUGCUCUUGGGCAUAUUUUUAAUUAUAAAAAAGCAGAUUAACAAUUAAAUGUAGAACUUUCACAGUGCUGGUCAUGGAAAUCCCUAAUUUCUUUGAAAUAUCUCCAUUCUUAUCCUGGCAAUUUUUAAAAAAAUAAAUUAUCUGGUUAUCUAAAUCAACUAGGUUUUUUAAACAUUUUGUGUUCACUGUGCUUCAGAAGUCUAUUCUAUACCAAGAUAUCAGGUAGUAUCAUUAGUAUCUUUCUGCCAAACAGAAAAUAUUGCUUUUAUUACAGUUGCUUAGUAAUAAAUCUGGACAUUCUUAAACUUCGAGAGAUCAUAGUAGGAGAAAGAACGUCUCAGAUACUGGGAAUAUCUUUCAUGUAGAUUAGUGGAAAAAGGAAUUUCAGACUUUGUAAAUUAUUGCUAUUGCCUGUUACCAUGUGGUAAAAAUGGAGUUUAAAUCUGGUUUUUUGGUGAGAUAAUGAAAAUGGUUUAAUAGUAUUUAUCCAAAAUUCAUUGACUUGUGAAGAAAAUACUGGACGCUAGGCAAGACUGAGAGCUUGGCUAGUGCUGAGAUUAUUGUAGUUCUCUCCCGUCAGGGGAGAGAUCCAUGUAUCGUAGCAAAUCUUUGUCAACUGCUUUCUGAUCUAUCCUGGCUUAUUUGCCAUACACCAAAAGUAGACUUUAAAAACAAACAAACGCACUCCAAAACCCUGAAGAAGCAGCAACAAUCUGGCCCUUCUCAGACGUAGCUCAGUCUUGAUGUCUCAGAGUCCCUUUGCUGUGCUCCAGAUACUGGUGGGUGCCAGCAGGGCACAUUCCAUGUCCCUUUGCGGGGCUGAUCUUGAGUUACUGCAGUUAAGGAAAACGUGGAAAUGUGGAAAUGGACCAGUGUUUCAGAUUGUCCAAACUGCAAACACGGCGGUGAGGCUGCUUUCUAACACGUGCCUGUUUAAAAUGACAGUGUGUUGAUCUAAGUUCCUGUGAGCCAAGAUAACUGUUUAUUGAUCCGUUGGCCCCAGCUGAAAGCCGAAUGAGUCUUCCCUGGAUGAGAUGCACAUGUUCAUUCUUUCGUUUGUGUUGAAGAGAAAUGUUUUCUUCUGUAUGAAUAAUUUGUUAGGCCAUCUGCUUUCAUCUUGCACUGGGCUGGCUGAAACUCAUUAUUUUUGUCCUAACAUAGCUUCUUUAUUUGGAGAUACAUUAGCCUUUGAGUGUUUGGAGUGCUGAUCAUCAACCAUUCCAACUAAAUUUUUAAUAACUUUUUCUUCUGUUAAGUUGUUGAAAAAGCUCAGGACUGAUGUUUUAUUCCAUUAUGCCUUUCUGUUUAAUGAAUGGAGCUCACCAUAGAGACUAGACUUUCAGAUGCUCUCAGAGGGAAUUAAUUCCUGCAAACAAGUUUGUAAGGGUAAAGUAUCACGUAUGUAAAAUGUAACAAGGUGCAUGUCGUAUCAUUGAUCCAGAGUGUUUGUUAACUGAAAAAAAUAUGACUCAACUUCUAAAUACCACCAAUUCUUUCCCACAAAAGUUAUAGAUUUGUACAAAAAUAUCAUUUAAUAAAUGUUCAGUUCUUAAGCUUUGGAGCAACUUAAAGGUGCUUCCCAUGUUUUGGAGGUGUCUUCAUCUUACCGUCUGCAAUAGAAGUCUGUUAACUGACUUGCCAGGCUCCUGAUCUGUGCUGUGGGUAGUUCUGUAGUAUGUUUUAUAUACAUGCUGAAAACAGGCAUGCUAAAUGCCUAAGUAGUUGAAAUCUGGAAGCUUGUAUUUAAUUACAGAAGCAUCUAGUGGUCAAACUACUGAAAACUGUUAGAGCUGCUUUGAAAAGUUCUAAGACCAUUCUAACAACUUUUGCUGUUGUUAAGAAGGUGAAGACUUUGUCUAUGUUAUUAGAUCUGUGUCGCAACAAACCAAAUCAUUGCACUUCAUUCCCCACUGACAUCAGUGAGACCCUUCCUUUGAGCGCUGCAGGAUCAGACAGUUCACAGUUCAGAGCGGCGUUUCAUGCAGAGUCCUUGAUGCGUUUUGUACCUAAUGCCAAUUCAGUGCCACCACCCUGCUCAAGAAUGGUUAUUGACGUGCUUGGGAGGAGAGUAAGGGGAGAGCAGACAGUGCCCACCUGCCGAUUUGGAAGUCUGAUCCUUUAGCCUGGUUGAGAGGUGUGGGAUUCAUUAGGAGCUGUCUACGUUCAUGGUUAAAGCUUCAUUUUAAUUAUCAAAAAAUAAUUCAGGCUGAAUAUUGUGAGUGGUUUAAAAGUUGGCAACAAGAUUUUUGUUAUGUUAAUCCUAAAUUAUUCCCUACCAUUAUUGUUAAUUUCCAGUAUAGCAUACUGAGUAUUAGUUGGAAAAGGAAGCUUUAGCAGUGGUGUUUGAAUGACUUUCUUGUGAAACAGUCUUUAGUGUUUAUUAAGGAUGGUGCAGUCUAUUUGCAGAGUGCUGUGUGGGCAAUCUGCACAGGCUGCCUUGGGUGGUUUACAGGACAGAAGCUGCACGGUGUAGCUGGUCAUCCUGUUCUGAACCUCAUUGAGAAGCAACAAUAGCUACAUAGAAGAGGAAAAAAACAUCUCAAACAUGAGGAGAGCCUGAAUAAUUCACUGACUUGAACUUCAGCACUGUCUCAUGUAUCUCUCUUAAAUGCUUUAAACCUCUAAAAAAAAGAGGCUUCUCUGUUCAUGGACGAGAGAAGGACAAACUUUCUGAAGUUUUUUAGCGGGAAGUUGUUUUACAGUGACCUGGGCCUGUUUGUGUGCCACAGAUCAGUUACUUGAAGCAGGAGAAUUGUGUGCUUGGAAUUACCUUCUAAAAAAUUUGCACAAAAUUCUCUGUUAAAAUUUUAUGUUCAGAUCACAUUCCUAGUAAUAGACUAGCAGGUGACAGAAGACUUACAGAAAUAAGAUGUUGGUGUGAAUUGUUAAUUUAAGAUAGAAAUAUAGGUUCUAGUAUAAAAAAAGUGUCAGGUCAGCUCUCCUUUUCAGAGUCUAUGGCUCCAGCUUGGCGAAAGAAAUGGGCUUGAAACCACAUCUUUGUUUCUCAUACAAGAAUUCAGGUGCCAAAACAUAUUUCCUUAAAAUUAUUAGGUUUUGUGACACCAGUGUUUGUUUCAGAAAAAUCGCUUCUGAAGUUUUGGAGGUCUCAAAAGUUUGAAUGCAAACUCUUUCAUGGUCAGCUAGAAUCAAAAGUGCAUGAUUUGGAAAAAUGAAAAAAGCGUUACCAAACUUACAGAUAAAGUAUCAGAAGUAACACAUCUUUCAAGCCCACACUUACUGAUGGGCUUAGUCCCCGACAUGUCAAAAUGGUCCUUGGGGCAGCUUCUUCCUCCUUCCCCUCCCAGCUCCCCCACCCAGCUCUGAAUUUUUAACGCAGUGUUGUCGGAGUGCACAUGCUAUAAACAGCCAUUUAGAAAUGCCUAGAAAAGUUAUAGAGGCUUGGAGUUACUUGGUGCUUCCUAUUUUACAUGGAAAAUCAAGGCAGUAAGAUGGUUUGGCCCACAAAAAAUUCAGACAGCAUUUGCUGAAACUGCUCUCAACUUAGAAUAAAGAGUUCUUAGAGAAACAAUUUUGAGUUUCCCAUUUCAUCAUCCUGCAAGUUGGGGUUCUUAAGUUUUUUACUUAAACACUAACAGUGAAUUUACUCAAGGAGCUAAUUACCUUUGUAAGGGUACUCUACUCUGAAGAAGGCUGGGUUUUUCUUUGCUUCAUUUCUGUUAACGUUUUCACUUAUGAGUUAUUAAACAAACCAACUGCUACUUCUUUCUCGAAUGUUGAAGGAUACAGACCGCUCCUCCUGUCGCGCUCCUCACGCUGUGAUCCUCCACCCAGCCACGGCACCUGGGGAUGCUGUAACUGCUGACACCGUGCCUCACUCGUUUCACAGCAUGCAUUUCCUAUUAAAUCUAUUAACGUUUUUUUGACAGUUUAUUCUGUGUUUCCUUAUGGGAUUUAGCCAAGACUAGGUGGUGAGUGGCUUUUUCCUCUCAAGGGUUCUAGAAGUAUGUGUCACAGCGGCAAAUACUUAUAAACAAAACAGUAAUUCAUUAGUAGAGCCUUAUGAAACGGUUCUGGAAACCCAGUGGCCGAGAUGUGUCCCUGCACAGCGCGCUCAGCGGGAGGCAAGUCACGGUGUGCUCUAGUAACACCCUGUAAGCACAUCUGUAUUUUAACUUCCCUUUUUGGACUUCCUGUCUCUGAAUAUUGUGUAUCCAACAUGAAAUUGUGACACAGGGAAUUGAUCUGAAACGCAGAAGUGGAUUGCGUUUCUGUAGCUGGAAGACACUUAAGACUUCCUGGGAAUCUCCCCCCUUGUGCCCCCCACCCCCAGUACAAUGAAGGAAAAAAAAUAAAAUCAUUCCGAAUGUUUCUUCUAAACAAGAAACUGCAUUGGUAUAUUCAGGGCACAAAAAUAACCUGAUAUGCAUAUAGCUCUUGCAGUGUAAUAAAUGUCUGCCUGUAAAAUUAAGCAUGAAGGUUAACCUUUGGAUCAGCAAUUCUUGUCCCUCUUCAGAAUGUUCUGCCUUUUCAUUCUAGGAUUGGGAUAACCUCUCACAAAGGUGGAAAGGUCUGUGCCUUCUUAUUAUAGUGUCUCUUACUAAAACUAACUUAAGCCGCUUGGAGUUACAGAGCAUUUGCAGCACUGUAAACUGCACAAAUUGACAACCAUUGCUUCACUGCAUGACGUGUAGUCAGAUUCCUGGUGAUGAAAUUCUAGUGAGGAAUUCCCAAGCUUAUGAAUGUCUCGAGACUUUUUUUAGUCUUCUCUUGGGCUGGUCCUGAGAGUGUGUACAGGUUUGUCUGUAUUGUUGGUCUGUAGAUGCUAAUGAGGAAAACCAGGCUUUUGUUCUCUCCUUUUUGUUGGAAUUGUUACACUCCCAUGUAGUGCAUAGAAUGCAAAUAAAGAAAUGUUGAUUUGGCAUAAUGUAAACAGCCUUUUCAGCUUAAGCAUUCAUAAUAAACUUUUCUAGUGUAAUACCAUGCUAAAUCACUACCAGUCUGAUGUAAUGUGCAAAAAAAAAAAAAAGAAAGAAAAAAAAGGUGUAAACAUUUUAUUAAUAAAAAGCUUUGUUUAUAAA